GGGAGCGCGCUCGACUUCAGAGCCAGAGACAGUUCAUCUGUGAUCCACUUCACUCGGCUUGUUCUCACCGGAAUAACACACGCAGGGGUGCAACAGAUGGCUUAUGAAGCCCCAGAUCUCAGCAGGAGGAGAUGUUGAAGACCUCACAGUGGAAUCUCUCCCUCCUCUUGAGAUGUCAGUUGGACUCUGUUUGAAGAUGGCGGCUCCCAGUUUUUGUCAUCUCUUGGCUGUGCUCCUCAUCACGCUGCCCCACACCUCGUACAGCUCUGAGAUCUCAUCUGAAAAUGCCAAAAAGUGUCUGAUCCGGUCUUCCCCCUUGCUUGACUCCAAGCAAGACCAAGAUAUGGGACUUCUGGACAGCAGCCAACAACAGAGACACUUGCCACGUAAAGACAGGGAUAGUGUUGGGGUUCAAUCGCAAAGGCCACUGGAUCGACCGGAGGAUGAUGGGACAAGUCUGGAGGGUCUGAGCCCUGUAAGGCUGGAGAUGGGGCCUGGGGACCGUAUGAGGACGGAGGUUCAUGAGGAGGUCAGGGGUCCUGCUCAUAUGCAGCUGGGAAAUUAUCCGCCAGAGGGAGACUUAAAUCGUAAAGGCAGGAAACAUGGUCACAGGCAUCAGGCUGAUCACAGAAAGCAGGGAGGCAAAAAAGACAAAGGUCGAGUUAAAGGGGAUCUCUAUGACCCUGAACCAGAAUUAGGCACCUUUUUGAAGGAUAUGAAUGCAUUUGAGGAUGGUUUUUACACCUCCCCGCCCAGUCACGACAAUGCCCCACUCACUGAAGCUCCCUCCCAUCUCUUCCCCAUUUUGGUAACCACUGCAAUCAACGAGCAUCCCCCAACGCUGUCCCCAGCCUCCACCAAACCCCAGGUACCCUGGCAAGCAGAAGCAUCCUUGAGUAUGAAGAAGUCGGCUCGAGGGAAGGCUCAAGGGGAGGUGAUGCCGACUCUGGACAUGGCCCUCUUUGAUUGGACAGAUUAUGAGGAUAUGAAGCCUGAAGACAGCUGGUCAUCCAACAAAAGAAAAGAUAAACGUCGUGGCAAAAACAACAGUAAUGGGAACGCAACGCUUGAUGCUGAUGUCAUUGACCCAUGUGACCAUCAUCUCGACUGCCUCCCUGGUUCCUGUUGUGAUCUGAGAGAACAUGAGUGCAAACCUCACAAUCGCGGCCUAAACAACAAGUGUUAUGAUGACUGCAUGUGUGAGGAGGGUCUGCGUUGCUAUGCCAAGUUCCACCGCAAGAGGAGAGUGACCCGAAGACGGGGCCGCUGUGUGGAGCCAGAAUCAGCCAACAACAACCAAGGAGCCUUCAUCACCAUCUGACAUAUAGAGAGAAACCCUAUGACUGAUGAUGGACUGAGCUCUGAAGAAUGUGGGUCAACAUUAAACACAGUAUAAAUGAACAUACACUGUUCAUCUUUCUGUCAGGGUUGUGCACCAUUCAGAAAUACAUUUAGAAUGGCUUUCAAAGUCUUGAAUUUGAAUUAAGGUAGCAAUCGGUACACAUAAUUGUAAUUUGAAACAAAAUGUGGAAUUGUAUUUUUCAGUUUGAAUUAACCAUCAAUGUUUUCACAAACAAUAUAUGGGAUAUUUCUAGAAACACUAGAUGAUAUUAAAAAUACAAUUUUGAAAUGCCACCUAUUAAAAUCAAAUUACUUUUUUGGACCAUGGAAUUAAUCAAAGCCAACUAAUGGACCACUGAAUUUUCUAAUGUACUUUAAUUAUUAGUACACUUGUUUGGAUAACCUCAAUAUAUUAUGAAAUUGAUAGAUUCACAUUUGGACAGUAUUUAUUUUUUAUAAAAUUAUUUUUUGUUGUGAUGCAGGGUGGCAUAAUUAAAAUCUGAAAAAAAAACCCUGCAAAAACACCUCCCCCCUAAAAUUUUGCGAAACUUCGACUGAAAUGAACACCAGAAGUGGUAAAAUGGUAGUUAUUUUCAAAAUGAUGGCUGUGGGGACAGAUUUUCUAUUAACAAACAAAUAUUUUUGUUUGGUUCCUUGAACAAUAUUAUAGCAUAACCUCAAAAAUGCUUUUACCAUAGCACAUGAUUUGUAAAUAAAUACAUUUUGACACUGGCCUCACAAAAUCAGCUCAUAUGUAUGGCUUUUCUAACGUAGUAAACUUGCUCCGUAUCUCACCCGGUACAACACUGCACUUUGCGCUGCAGAACACUCAGCUCUGAGUUCCAUGAAACACAAGAUAAAACACAACCUUGGUUGGAAGUUAAACAAUGUAAUUAUUUUAUAGAAAAAUUAUUUGUGCAUAUUAGUGAUUCAAUUAAUGAUGCAGUUGUUUAUGCUGUGUCAUAAAACGUGCAUUUCAAGGUAGAAGUAAUAUCCAGUCAAUUUGUCUUUCUGUUAUACAAAUGCAAAUUCAACAUUCUGACUGUGGCCAAUUGAAUUUUGCAGUUCAUAUUUAUGAAUCUCAAGGAAGCCGAUUCUGGAAGUAUGUCUGAAUGGAAGGUUUUUUCUACUGAUAAUUGUUAUACUACUGUCAAUAACUACUGCUAACUCCUGUAUUGAUGGAUAUUGAUUUGUUUGGUUUAUUUGUAAUAUAUGCUUUAUUUAUUCAAGUACCAAACAGCUUAUUUUGAUGAGAGAUGUUAUCAUGGACAGGGAAUGUGCUCUUCUUUAACAACUGCAGACAGAAAGAUGGAUGCUUGAAUGAGUGAUUGUUACCUGUUUGGGUUAGAGGGAUAGAGAUGGACAAAGGAGAUCGAGGGGAGAGAUGGAUGACUCGUCAGUUUAAAUCACUGAGCUUCUUUAUGGUCUGACAAACCUCUCUUUCCCGUCACUUGUUUGAACUGUUUAUUAGACUUUUUAUGUUAGUGGGGCUGUAGAUAGAUUUAGGCUUAUUAAAGUUGUUUUUUGCUGUGACCCUGUUUUCAACUUGAAAUUUCUCAAGCACCAUAAAUUGUCAUUUAUUUUUAACUGAAACACCAGAAAUAAACUUAACUAAGGUUACUAGAAUCCUAACAGCUUUUCCUCCUCCAUCACAGAUUGUAAAUAUUUAGGUCACAAAAAAAAAUUAGUUUCCCUAACUUUCAAAGCAAUUAGUAGACAACAAAUAUAUUUGGGGUAGUACACUUCAUGCUACAAUGCACUGCUACUGUAGGACCAUGUUCUAAAUGCAUGGGAUACACUGAUGGCUUUCUACUCACUUAUAUUUGCAGUAUACAUACAGUGCUUAGUACUGUAUCCCACAAUGCAACAAUUAUUAAACCGAAUAUAAAAUAGGUUAUUUUUUAGGUUAAUCUUUUUCUUGACUAUAAUUGGCUUUUUUAUAUAAAAGCAUACUACAAUCAGAGAGCUUUAUAAUGCAUGGAUGUGUCCUCUAAACUGUUUAAUAGUCUGUGGCAUCGUCUCUGUCCGGGGACUGUAAGAGGUGACCUUGCUUUCUCUGUCUUUGUGUCCUUCUGCCUUCCUUGCUGUUUAUUUAUCUUCUCAUUCUCAUUGUGUAUUCUGAGACACUAUUCCUUUCAGAGUAUCGCUGUUUCUUGUUUUUCAACUUCAAUAUAUAACCCGAUAUCAAUAUUUGCGAGGUAAAGCCCAAAUCAAUUUUUGGCACAUUAGUGCUAUUUAAUGGACUAUGUUAGUGCCACAAAAGGCCUUUGAAUUCCAGGGGGCUUUUAAAGCCACAUACUGCAUUGCUCUUGACUGAAAAAGGAAACCUAACACAGGGGUCCUAGAUGCAUACUGUUUGAUUAUUGAAGCCUCCGGGCAGUCAUGUACACAGCUGAGAUAACCACUAGAAACACUUCAACUUUUAAAUGAAGGUCCCUCAGAGAGCAGUGUGAGCUGAACAACAGGGCCCCCAAGUGACUUCACCUGCACAAUGCAAGCUGCAUGUGCAGAACUGCAUGUGGGUCAAUAAUAAUGUGUCUUCAAUAAAGAAAAAAAUCUGGCUUUGAAAUGUAUAUUUGUAUUGAAAUUGAAAAUUGUUUUCAUGUUGACUUAAAAUAUUAAACGUUGUUCAACCA